AUGUAUAUUCAGCCUCUUCUUGCUCUUAUGGGCGCUGCGCUGGUCGCUGCUGCCCCUGCUUCUGAGCUCGACACUCGUUCCUCGUGUACUUUUACCUCUGCCUCUGCGGCCAAGUCGGGCAAGAGUUCCUGCUCCACCAUUGUCCUCGACAACAUCGCCGUCCCGGCCGGUGAGACCCUCGACCUGACUGGCCUCAAGACCGGCGCUACCGUCAUCUUCGAAGGCGAAACAACCUUCGGAUACAAAGAAUGGAAGGGCCCUCUGAUUUCCAUGUCCGGAACUUCCAUCACCGUGAAGCAGUCCUCCGGUGCAAAGAUCAACUGUGAUGGAUCUCGCUGGUGGGAUGGAAAGGGUGGCAACGGCGGCAAGAAGAAGCCCAAGUUCUUCAAGGCCCACAAGCUGAACAAGUCCUCCAUCACCGGUCUCAAGGUGUACAAUACUCCCGUGCAGGGCUUCAGCAUCCAGUCGGACCAUUUGACUAUCACUGACGUGACGAUUGAUAACUCUGCUGGCACGAGCAAGGGCCACAACACCGAUGCCUUUGAUAUUGGGUCCAGUACCUAUAUCACCAUCGAUGGUGCUACCGUGUACAACCAGGAUGAUUGCUUGGCUGUGAACUCUGGCGAGCACAUCACCUUUACCAACGGCUACUGCGACGGAGGCCACGGCCUCUCCAUCGGUUCUGUCGGCGGCCGCAAGGACAACACCGUCAACGACGUCACCAUCUCCAACUCCAAGAUCGUCAACUCCCAGAACGGCGCCCGCAUCAAGACCGUCUACGGCGCUACCGGCUCCGUGACCGGCGUCAAGUUCGAGGACAUCACCCUGUCUGGAAUCACCAAGUACGGCAUUGUCGUUCAGCAGGAUUACAAGAACGGCAGCCCUACUGGCAAGCCCACCAACGGAGUCAAGGUCGAUGAUAUCACUUUUAAGAAGGUCACUGGUACCGUCAAGAGCUCUGCGACUGAUAUCUACAUCCUCUGUGGUUCUGGAAGCUGUGAGAACUGGACCUGGAGCGGUGUUGAUGUCAAAGGUGGAAAGAAGAGCUCCAAGUGCAAGAAUGUUCCUUCUGGUGCUUCUUGCAGUGACUAG